UGUGCCAUAGGUAUCGCUUUAAAAUUUGCUGGUAUAAUACAAUCCACAGUUUAACGGUCAACCUGUGUCUGUUCAAGUACAGCCUGUCUUUACAGGGGUACAUCACCUUUUCAACAGAUAUCUGGAUUUCAGAUCAUAAAGCCCAGAUCUCAUAAACUUGCAGGAAAUCCUAGUAAUAACAAAUCAGUCCCUUUAAAGUAUACAAGAUGGACAAAAUGGUUUAAACCAGUUUUUGGCUUGCAUUGUGGCUCUUGGGCUAUUAACAUUUGCUAACACAAAGAUUUCAGACACAGUGAACUUUUCCCUGCAGCACAGCUGAAGCCAUUCUACAAAUACCCUCUCACCCACUGGCUCAGCACCCUUCCCCUCCAGCAGAAAGGUCCUGGGAUGUAAUCCCACCCACAGGCUGCCCUAUAAAAGGCCUGGCUAGAAAACUAUAUUUGCAUUUUUGACUGGAUCUUCCUCCUUCUGUCUGGCAAUGCCUGUGGAUUUCAGUGGAACCUGGAACCUUGUCAGCAAUGACAACUUUGAAGGUUAUAUGGUGGCCUUAGGUAUUGACUUUGCAACACGCAAAAUAGCAAAAAUGCUGAAGCCUCAGAAAGUGAUCAAACAAGACGGUGAUUCAUUCUAUAUCCAUACCACUAGCUCAUUCAGAGAUUAUUUGCUUGAAUUCAAAGUUGGAGAAGAGUUUGAGGAAGAUAAUAAAGGCUUGGAUAACAGAAAAUGCAAGAGCCUCGUUACCUGGGAAAAUGACAAACUUGUCUGUGUCCAGACUGGUGAGAAGAAGAACAGGGGCUGGACUCACUGGCUCGAAGGGGAUGACCUCCAUCUGGAGCUUCGUUGUGAGAAUCAAGUCUGCAGACAGGUCUUCAAGAGAGCUUGAGUCUGUGUGGUGUGCUGGGUCCUGCCUGCAGGGACAGCUCUGCUCAGGAGCCGUGUCCAGGGAGGGCUCUACGGACAAGAACUGGC